AUUUAGUGGGUUUAAUGUCAACACGCAAUUUACUUACGGGAGCUCUGGCUGUUUUUAUUUAUCAAAUCGGUGGAUAAAGCGGCAACAUGUUCAAGACGCACAAGCUUUUUCCUGGGCAGACGCUACAUCGCACCGAGUCCAUGGUGUCGUUGUGCUACAGAAGUUUAGCAGUAUUCAUAAACGAUGACAACUUACAAGGAUUGCAGUCAUUUCUUGAUAAUAAACAAGUGCAAAUUGAUGAUAAAGAUGAUAACGGAGGAACGGCUCUUAUCCUUGCCGCCACCAAGGGCAGAUCAAACUUCGUAAGCAAAUUACUAGCCCACGGCGCAGAUCCCAAUAUCGAAGACAAUGAUGGGUGGACAGCUUUACUUUGCGCAUCCAAAGAAGGCCAUUUGGACAUCGUUAGGCAACUUCUCGACGCCAAUGCCGCUAUUGAUCACAGAGAAAUGGGUGGAUGGACAUCGUUAAUGUGGGCAACGUACAAAGGCAGAACGGAAGUGGUGCAGGCUCUGCUGGAAAACCACGCCGACGUCAACGCGCAUGGCAACUACCACAUCUCCUCGUUGCUGUGGGCGGCCGGUAGAGGCUACACUCAAAUCACCGAAGCCCUGAUAAUGCACGGCGCCAAGGUCAACGUAGGCGAUAAGUACGGCACCACCGCUUUGGUGUGGGCGUGUCGCAAAGGCCACGCCGAUAUCGUGGAGAUUCUGUUGAAGCACGGCGCCAACGUGGAUACCGCAGGGAUGUAUUCGUGGACCGCUCUGCUGGUGGCCACGCAGGGGAACCACGUGGAUGUGGUCAACUUGCUUUUGGAGCACAAACCGAACGUUAACGCGUUGGAUAAGGAUGGUUGCAGUCCUCUUACUAUUGCUUGUAAAGAGGGGUAUUACGAAAUAGCGGCUGCUUUGAUGUCCCACAGUGCUUAUAUAAACAUACAGGACAGGGCUGGCGAUACAAACUUAAUACACGCUGUUAAAGGUGGUCAUCGAGGCGUGGUGGAAGCUUUACUUAAAAAAUAUGCCGAUGUAGAUGUAUCGGGGAAGGAUAAAAAGACUGCUAUAUACAUAGCCGUAGAGAAGGGUUACGUGAAUAUAGUUAAAAUGCUUAUGGCGAGCAACCCGGACUUGGAAAUCGCCACCAAAGAUGGCGACACUCCUCUACUCAAAGCGGUGCGAUCGCGCAACGCAGAAUUAGUCCAACUUCUUCUAGACAAAAAAGCAAAAGUUUCCGCGGCAGACAAAAAAGGCGACACAGCUUUGCACAUAGCGAUGCGUGCUCGUUCGAAAGCCAUAGUCGAAAUACUAUUACGCAACCCGAAACACAGUCAACUACUGUAUAGGCCGAACAGGAACGGCGAGACUGCUUACAACAUCGACUUCAACCACCCCAAAACGAUUUUGGGGCAGAUUUUCGGCGCGAGGAGAUUAAAUACAAACGAGGAUAACGAGAAUAUGUUGGGAUAUGAUUUGUAUAGCAGCGCUUUGGCUGAUAUUUUAAGUGAGCCAUCCUUAUCGAUGCCUAUUACUGUAGGGUUAUAUGCCAAGUGGGGCAGUGGCAAGUCUUUUUUGCUAAACAAAUUAAGAGAGGAAAUGAAAAAUUUUGCCAAAGAAUGGGUGGAUCCAGUCUUCCAAUUCACAACUCUCCUAUUUUUAAUACUUUUACACAUUACUUUAAGUUUAGGUACAAUUUUCGGUCUUUCAUUUCAAUCAUGGGUCAUUGGCGUUUCUGUUGGUGUAACUGCCUUAAUUGUAGUCUACAUGUUUUUGGCGCUUACUUGGUUUGCCAGCAAAAGGUACGAUUGGGAUUGGCCAUAUAAUUUCAACGUAAACCUUGCAAGAAAACUUAGCAAUAUUAAAUUACUGCUGCAAAUAUUAUUCUGCCAUCCCCCAGGCGCUUCACCAGAUAGCAUGUCAGCACAUCCAAUAAGGUUCUUUUUUACGGAUCAAACAAGAGUUUCAAGUACAGCUGGUGGUGAAAAUUCCAUAGUACAAAUGAUCGGUUCGCUGUAUGAUGCAAUAGAAAACGAAUAUGGUGCUGUAGCGACUAGAUUAUUCAGGGCGUUUAAACCAAAACCGGAAAAAUCAUCGUCAUCUUGGACUUGGAGGAAAGUGUGUUGUCUACCUUAUGUGAUAGUUUUUGAGGUGGCUUUUGUCUGUUUGUUACUGGGAGUUUGUGCCUUGACGUUGUAUUUAUUAAAAAUAAAUGCUGGUGCUAAUGAUAAGAAUAAUUUUACUUUACAAGUAAUAUGUAUAUGUACAGCUCUACUUUUGGGUGUAACUGCCAUAGCUAAUAUGUAUACUUGGAGUAAAUUAUUGAGGACGAUAUUUUUAUCACAACGUCGCCACUUACAAAAAACUAUAUCAAAAUUAGAGACACUCAAGUCGGAAGGAUUUUUACAGUCAUUGCGACAAGAGGUAACGUUAAUGAAGGACAUGGUGAAAUGUUUGGACCGGCUCAGUCAACAACAAACUCGCAUGGUCAUAAUCGUGGACGGCCUGGACAGUUGCGAACAAGAAAAAGUCCUACUAAUCCUGGACACCGUUCACAUGCUGUUCUCUGACGCGAACACCCCCUUCAUUGUGAUAUUAGCAAUAGAUCCGCACGUAAUAGCUAAGGCAGUGGAAAUGAAUACAAGAAGACUAUUUAGCGAGAAUAAUAUAGGCGGUCACAGUUACUUAAACAACAUGGUGCAUUUACCGUUUUACCUACAAAACUCCGGACUGCGCAAGGUCAAAGUCGCGCAGCAAACUGCGCAAAGCCACAGAAAAAAUACUGGGACUGCGUGGACCGAUGAAGACAAUCUUAACAGCUUUUUAGGCAGAUCGUCAUCUUGUCGCAGACUAUCAAAUGAAAACAUGCUCAUGUCCAGCAGGGAAAACUUAAAACUUCCCGGUAGAAAAGGAUCGAGAAAAUUAAAAAUGUCCGAAUCUAUAGCGAGCUCUAUCGGCUCGAAUAUGAAUAAAAUCGGAGGGGCUCAAGACUUAACGAAAAUGUUGCUUACGGACGAUUACUUUAGCGAUGUGAAUCCCAGGUCGAUGCGUCGCUUGAUGAACGUAGUUUAUGUUACAGGACGUUUGCUUAAAGCUUUCCAAAUUGAUUUUAACUGGUACCGAUUGGCUUCUUGGAUAAAUAUUACAGAACAAUGGCCCUUUAGGACAUCUUGGAUUAUUUAUCAUUAUGAUCUGUAUGAAGAUCAGUUGGAAGAUAAUACCUCACUUAAAUCUAUUUAUGACAAAAUAAGGCCCCACAUCCCUUGCAUAAAAGACACUGAACCCCUAAUGGAGCUGGACAGAGACGAAAAAAAAUUCGACAUAUUCCUCACCUUCCACCGCUCCAGCUUGCUGGUGAGCGACCUGAAAAUCUUCCUGCCGUUCACCAUAAACCUGGACCCGUACCUCAAGAAACUCAUCAAAGAAGAAACGCAAGCUCUCGAAGACGAAGGCCUCCACUUCGGAAACCCCAACACGCAUGCGCAGAUGCCGCACUCGGGCACCUUGGCUCCGCCCUGGCCGCACACCCAACCGAUGGAGUGGACCUCGCCCAGGUCGCUGGUCAACCGGCGCAUGAAGUCGGCCAACCAGAUGCAGAAGAGCGGGAGCGCUCAGUCGGCUUCGCUCGUUUACCCGCCGGUGGCGCCGUACUUGAGCCAGAUGUGGCCCGACUUGGCAACGAUGCACCCGUAUCGGCAUCCCUCGAUGGCGAGUGUUGUUCCUGUGACCGCCUUGGAGCCGGAAGUAUUGGAGAAUAAAUUGUCCACUUUGAGUGUUGAUGGGGUGUGUAAGUUAAUUGGGAAAAUACAAGAUUUGGAUAAGAGUGCUCUAGAACAGUAUGUUGGGAUUAUUAGGCAACAUAAUAUAAAUGGAAGAGUUUUAUUACAUUGUGAUUUGGAGGAAUUAAAGAAGCUUUUGACCAUGAGUUUUGGGGACUGGGAGAUGUUUAAAGUAAUGUUAAUAUCUUUAAGAGAAUAUGAGGUCACCAGCGUAUUAAGAGAGGAUGAAACUACAAAAGCUUAUCCACGCGAACGCAAAACUAGUGUUACAAAACUAACAAUACCUGGAGAAAAAGAAAGUAAAACUCAAGUUGACGGCCCCCCAAGGGAAAGGAAACAAAGUGUUAUGGAAAAACAGGUGACCCUGGAAGAACAAAUGAUAUGCGGCGCGCUGCAAACGCUCAACGAAGAGGCAUGCGAAGACGUGCUCGAGGAACAGGAAGAAACCGUGAUCACCAUCGAAACGGAGGUGCCGCAAACGUCGGUGAUCCCGCCCAGUCCAGACUCGAACCAAGAUCCGGUGAGGGCGAUGCGAUCGCGCACUAACAGCGCAUGCGCACUAGGUGAGACCGAUUUUGUUUUAUUGCAAUCCUCGCCCAUCGGGCACAUGCACUGGCAACCUGUCGGCUACUCGAUCGGCGGCCAAUCAGGAAGCCUCAGCGACCUAAGCUCGAGGUGCAGCUGGAGCUCGCAACCGCCAUCUCCCGUUGCAGAAAGACGGCCAUCUAGUCUAAAAUCAGAAGAUUUUACGAAAAAAGGGAGACAUGUUUUCAUAAAGGCAGAAUAUUCGGAUAAUACUCCAAGAGUCGGUAUAUCUUCAAAUAAUUCGCUGGCAUUGUACGAAAAUGUGGAAGGUAAAAAACAGGAAUACAAAACCACAGCAUCGCAAACAAAACCACGUCCAAACAGUUUAUAUUUAAUCAAACACGACACCAAACAAAGGCACAGAAAUCGCUCAAAAUCCAUAGACAACACCCUAAAGAAAAAAGAAAGUGGUUUCGAGAAACUAAACAAAUUCAAAGACAAAUUGCUACAUUCCAGUCCAGAACUGAACGAAAACUCGGAUAACGAAAGCACUCCGUUGGUAUCCGAAGUCUCAUCGCCCUCCAAAUCCGGUCAAAGCAGCGAUGUCAAGACAUCCGAGUCCAACAGCGUUGCCGUAUCUCCAUCGCCAACGCCCGACGUCCAAAGGCAACAAACUCGCAGCGAGAUGAAUUUAACGGAGCAGGCUGAGGAGAGUCUUGGCGGCGCCGACGGCCUACGAUUUUCGCCGAGCGAGUUUCGGCGCACGCGCACAAUGUCGGAUUGUACAAAUUCGUCCAUUUCGGCGUUUUUGGGCUCGAUUGGGCAUUCGAAUAGUAAUUACAGUGUGCAUAGUAAAAGUUCGGCAGGUUCUGGACAUUUGUCCAGGCAGAAUGCCUUGGAGAGCGAGGAAAAUUUGGAGAAUGUUUAUGAUCCUGUUACUAAGCAUUGAUUUUUUGAAUUUCUGAGGAGAUUUUGUUAGAGGAGCAGCUAACAUGAAACUCAAUUUUUCCUACAUACAUUUUGAAACUGUUUCCCUGAAUACCCCAAACCAGUCUUGAUGUCAUAAAUAUAUACAAUAUUAAAAUAUUUGUUUAAUAUAA